GUGCGCGGACGUCUCUCUGACGUCACAAACAUGGCGGCGCCCGUUAGCUUGGCCGGUAGGGUCAUUUCCGUUUCCAGAAAACUCGGCGGUUUUCUGAUUAAUUCAGUGUUUAUUGCUCAGGCGGGGACAGUGGUCCACAACAUGGACACGGAAAGACCAGCCAAGCUGGAGUUUGCAGUUCAGAUGACAUGUGAAAGCUGUGCGGAGAAAGUUAGAGCCGCUCUGGAGGGUAAACCAGGAGUAAAGUCAGUCAGCAUCGAUCUCAGUAAAGAGCUGGUCCUGGUUGAGGCUGCGCUCACCAGCACAGAGGUUCAGUCUCUCAUUGAGAGUACGGGGCGCCGGGCCGUGCUGAAGGGCAUCGGUGGAUCAGAGCAAGAUCUGGGUGCAGCCGUGGCCAUGCUGUCUGGAGCCGGAUCGAUUCAGGGCGUGGUGCGUUUCUUGCAGCUGUCCGAAGAAGACUGCCUGAUCGACGGGACCAUCGACGGCCUGGAGCCCGGGCCCCACGGCCUGCACGUCCACACGCUGGGGGACCUCACACAGGACUGCCUCAGCUGUGGAGAGCACUUCAACCCAUUUGGGAAACAGCAUGGAGGUCCGGGGGACUCUGAACGGCACGUAGGUGAUUUGGGGAACGUAGUGGCUGGACCAGAUGGCCGAGCUUCAUUUAGAUUUGAGGACAGACAGCUGAAGGUGUGGGACGUGAUUGGUCGAUCUCUGGUCGUGGACUCCGGGGAAGACGACCUGGGUCGAGGCGGUCACUCUCUCUCCAAGCUGACUGGAAACUCUGGUGACAGGCUGGCCUGUGGGAUCAUCGCCAGAUCAGCGGGCCUUUUCCAGAAUCCCAAAAAGAUUUGCGCGUGCGACGGGGUCACGCUGUGGGAGGAGAGAGACCGGCCGGUUGCCGGGAAAGGUCGGAGCAAGAUAAACCCAGAGACGCCGCCGGCGCACCUCUGACUCUUCACAAAACCGGACAUUUUGUUGCCAGCGGGUCAGAGCCCUGAAAGAAGACGGAGCACUUGAAGAGUAAUUUAUAAAAGUCUUGAAAUUGCAAUAACCAUGCCGUCCUAUGAUCACUUCUAACGCACAAAAGCAGGGGUGGCAAACAUUAUAUUGUUUUGUAAAAAGGUGGAUUAGGAAAACCUUCUAAAGCAUAGAAAAAAAACACUUUACUGCAGACCUUCCUUCAGCUCCAGCAUUAGAUAAAUGCCUGUCCUCGUACCAUGUUCAGUUGCGAAGCUUCGUUUGAGAGUUUUGCUGAAGAGAUUCGAAUCUGGAACACCGACUGCAUUUGGAGCGAACCCAUUUUGCGUCCUAAUCGGUUCAGUUUAAAUCCGCAAGGAUGAUGUGAGUGGCUGGAGACGGAGAUUAAAGGGGCAGCAGGAGGAAGACUCCAGAUUGAAAGGGCAAAAGGGGCUAAUUGAGAGAGGAAGGCCUUUAGGGACUGCGCUCUCAGCAGUUUUUUUUUUCCUCCAGCAUUCAGUACGGAGUUUCUUUACUGCUGUUGCUGCCAACGUUAGGAUCAUAAAACUCAAGUGACAUUCCCAUUUCUCUUGUCUUGUGACAUUUUCUUUGACAAAUGAAUGUAUUAUGAUAACCAAACUACAACCUGCUUACUGUCGGUAUAUAUUUCUAUUUGAUUAAAAAAAAUCCAUAUCAGUAC